AUGUUCUCGUGUGGUAGCAGCAGACCGCUGUUGAAAAGCCUCCAAAAGAUUAGAUCGCAGUCUUCGGUAGCAGGCAAGAAGAUCUUGGGAAAUGCGGCUCUUCCUCCACUAUUUACAUUGGCAACAUUGAGAUCGUUCCCAUCGUUAGAGCCUCUGACGUUCGUUCCAGUGCCAGCCUCUGUUUUCGAUGCUCCCCUGAGAAGAGAUCUGCUUUGGAAAGCCGUAGUCUAUGAAAACGAUAACAAACGUGUUGGCUCAUCCAACCCUCCCGGCAGAAGUGAAAACGGGUACUCCAGAAGAAAACUUCUGCCCCAAAAGGGUUCCGGUAAGGCUAGAGCCGGUGAUGCAAAUUCUCCAACCAGACACAACGGUGCCAGAGCAUUGGCCAGAUCCGCACCCAACGACUACACCACCAAGCUCCCGCAAAAAGUUUACUCUCAAGCGCUACUGAACGCAUUGAGUUACCAAUAUCGUCGUGGAAAUGUGCACGUGAUCGGAGGUGCUAACGCUCUAUGUGAAACGGCAGAGCAUGAUCUCAACGAACUAGACGUGCUGCCCACAUCGAUACAAGAAGAUGACGGAGAGCUGGUUUUUGAAAAAUUCCUGCAAACUCACGGCAUGGCGGGUGAGAACCUGCUGUUUAUCAUCAGUGCCCCCAGAGCAGGGUUGUUCCGAUACUCUGAUCCAGUGAAGGACGAUGUCAAUAUAGUUCAACAGGAGUUUGUGGACGUAAACGAUAUCUUGAAGGCGCGUCGCGUCUUUCUAGAGCUGGAGGCGCUUGAAUACCUGGCCGUAACACACACCGUAUAA